AUGGGCUGGAUUGACCGGGUGGUGCCCCAGCCCCCGGUGCCCCACGUGGCAGAGGAGAGCCCUGUGCAGCCAGCCAAGGCACCGACAGCAAAGGCUGCUGGCCCCACAGAUGCUGCUGAGCGGGCGCGCACGGAGGAAACAGAAAAGAAAGUGACCUUUGUGGCUUCUGAGGACUCGAGUUCUGUGUUUGACAGUGUGGGGAGCAGUGUGCUCUCCUGGCUCUCCCAUGGGCUGGAGAAGGUGAUUCCCCAGCCAGCCCCAGCCCCAGGGCUGCAGGCACUCGGGAAGAGCUUCGAGACAAGCAUCGACGUUGCUGAUGAGACAGAGGUCCAGGUCAUUGGGGAUGAGGACGACGAUGGCCUGGAGAUAACUCCCUUCGAUGCCGAGGAGGACGCGUCCGAGGGGGAGCUGGAGAGCGCCCCGGAGCAGUGGGCAGGACAGCGGGUGCUCAGCUGGCUCUCACAGGGCUUCGAGAGGAUUUUGCCGCAGCCAGAGGGGAUGAAAAAGCCGGAGACAGAGCCGAAGGAGAAGAGUGAAGGCGCGGUGGAAGGUGAGCGAUCUGAUCUGCUGGGCCUGGCCGGGGGGCUGGAGAAGGUGAUGCCACAGCCGGUGACCAGGGAGAAGCAGGACACACAGGAGAAGGACAAGAAGAAAGAGGAAAAGAAGAAAGAGGAAGAUAAGAAAGAGGAGGAGCAGCAGGAGAGUGCAGAGCCCCUGCUGCAGCCUCCUUGUCCCCCUGCUGAUGAGGGUGUGGAUGAAGCCUGCCUUGCCCAGGAGGCCCCCAGGGCUGAGCAGCUGGAGGAAGUUGAGAUAAGCAAUCUGCAAGGUGCCCCUGUGCAGGUGGAAGAGGAGCCAGCUGAAGCUGCUGAAACUGAUGCUGAAGGUCACCCCCCCACCGUGGAGAUCAAGGAUGUGGACAGCCCAGAGCGUGCUGUGGAGAUCCACGGCACCUAUGGAGAGCUGCCUGCGGCCGGCGCCCCCAACCUGCUGGCCGUGCCCGGCGCUGCAUCCCCCAGGAGGAAGAGACUGCUCCCAGAAGAUGCUCUGGACAGGGGGCUGGUGAGCCAAUCCCCCAGCCAAGGGCUGGGCUGGGACCAGGAGCACAGGGAAAGCCUGCCCGAGCGCAUCGGCUCAGCCUCGAGCCUGAGCAGUGCCAUCAUCAACACCCGGCUGCAGGAGCUGGUGAGGCUCUUCAAAGAGAGGACUGAGAAGGUGAAGGAGAAGCUCAUUGACUCUGAUGUCACCUCAGAUGAUGAGAGCCCCGUGGCAUCUCCCAGCAAGCCAGCACCUGCAGCAGCAGCAGCGCCUGCCCCAGGAGGGGAGCUGGAGGGGGACAAACCUCUGGGGGAUGACCACUACUGUGAGAUGCUGUGCUGCACCUUCAAACGCCGGCCCUGGCUGGAGCGCCUCAAGAGUUACCAGUUCCCCAGCAGCAUUGACCCCCUGACCAAUCUGAUGUACGUGCUGUGGCUCUUCUUCGUGGUCAUGGCCUGGAACUGGAACUGCUGGCUGAUCCCCGUCCGCUGGGCCUUCCCCUACCAGACCCCAGCCAACAUCCACUACUGGCUGCUGGUGGAUUACCUGUGUGACCUCAUUUACCUGCUGGACAUCCUCAUCUUCCAGACCCGGCUGCAGUUCGUGCAGGGGGGAGACAUCAUUACUGACAAAAAGGCCAUGAAAGAAAACUACCUGCGGUCACAGCGCUUCAAGAUGGAUGUGCUGUGCCUGCUGCCCCUGGAUUUCUUCUACUUCAAAGUGGGUGUGAAUCCCCUGCUGCGCUUCCCCCGGUGCCUGAAGUACAUGGCCUUCUUCGAGUUCAACAACCGCCUGGAGGCCAUCCUGACCAAGGCUUACAUCUACAGGGUGAUUCGCACCACUGCCUACCUGCUGUACAGCCUGCAUGUGAACUCCUGCCUCUACUACUGGGCAUCAGCCUACGAAGGACUGGGCUCCACCACCUGGGUCUAUGAUGGCGAAGGAAACAGCUACAUCCGCUGUUACUACUGGGCAGUGAAAACCCUCAUCACCAUCGGGGGCCUGCCAGACCCCAAGACCCUGUUUGAGAUCGUCUUCCAGCUGCUGAACUACUUCACAGGGGUCUUUGCCUUCUCUGUCAUGAUAGGGCAGAUGAGAGACGUGGUUGGUGCUGCUACUGCAGGACAAACGUACUACCGGAGCUGCAUGGACAGCACCAUUAAAUACAUGAACUUCUACAGGAUCCCCAGGGCAGUGCAGAACAGGGUGAAGACGUGGUAUGAGUACACAUGGCACUCCCAAGGCAUGCUAGAUGAGUCAGAGCUGCUGGUGCAGCUGCCAGACAAGAUGAGGCUGGACAUCGCCAUCGAUGUCAACUACAACAUCGUGAGCAAAGUGGCCCUUUUCCAGGGCUGUGACAGACAGAUGAUCUUUGACAUGCUGAAGCGGCUCAGAUCAGUGGUGUACCUGCCCAAUGACUACGUGUGCAAGAAGGGGGAGAUAGGCCGGGAGAUGUACAUCAUCCAGGCGGGACAGGUGCAGGUGCUGGGGGGACCCGACGGCAAAUCCGUGCUGGUGACUCUGAAAGCUGGAUCUGUCUUUGGGGAAAUCAGCCUGCUGGCAGCAGGAGGGGGAAAUCGCCGCACAGCAAACGUCGUGGCCCACGGCUUCGCCAACCUUUUCAUUCUGGAGAAGAAAGACUUGAACGAGAUUUUGGUGCAUUACCCGGAGUCCCAGAAGCUGCUGCGCAAGAAAGCCAAGAAAAUGCUGAGGAGCAACAACAAACCCAAAGAUGAGAAGGGAGGCCCCGGAGAUGCGCUGGUCAUCCCCCCGAAAGCGGAGACCCCAAAGCUGUUCCGGGCUGCCCUGGCGGCCACGGGGAGGAUGGGGGGCAAGGGGCCCCUGGGGCGGCUCCGCUGGAGGCUGCAGGAGCUGCAGGAGCUGCAGGCGAUGCAGGAGCUGCAGGCGAUGCAGGAGAUGCAGGCGAUGCAGGAGGCACAGGCGAUGCAGGAGAUGCAGGCGAUGCAGGAGGCGCAGGGUUCCAGUGUCAGCCCAACUCCACCGAAGUCACCAGUGCACCAGAGAUCUCCUGUCGCAUCCCGCAGAGCACAAACCCGCCCAGGAGGAGAAAUAUCCUCAGAAUCUCCUGAUCAUUCAGUCACCAUCCGUGUCAUCUCCACAGCAAGAGAGGAUGAGGAAAUCCUUGCUGCUGAGAUUUCAGAGAAAGGUGAAAAGGAAGAAGAGCAAUGAAAGAGCAGCAGGGCCCAGGGCAGGCAUAGGAGUCAGGCAAAUGCCUGGGCCAGCAGAUUCUUGUUGUUAAUGAUUUCCAUGCAGUGGCUGUAGGUUUUGCUAUGUGCUGUGGGUAGGAUCUGCCUCUCCCUUCUGCCCAGACCCUCAAUCAUUGCAUAAAACCCUCUGCCAUUUGACCCAGAACCAUGUAAGGUUUCUCCACUCUGCAC